CGGAAAUUUAACUGCUGCACAAGCUGUUCCUCAUAAUAGAGCUGGUCAUACAGCUUCUCGAUGCACUUACUGCAAGUAUUUGCUUAUUUUGACGAUUAUUUUAGUACUAGUAAUUGCAGGAAUUAUACUAUUCUUAUCAAUAAGUGAGCCUUCUUCAGAAAAUAGUGUAAAUACUCUUUUUAACAAAAUCCAAGUCACCAACUCCGUAAAUUCAGAUUUAUUUUGGGGAACGUACAGAGCUAAUCUGUACUUCGGUUUAAAGACUCGUUCACCCAAAUCUCCAGUUUUUGGUUUGAUGUGGUAUGAACAGCCUCAGGAACUUCCUGAUGGAAAGGACCCAGGUGAAUAUUUUCCAAGCAUAAGGCAUUGGUGUGAUGAGAAUGAUGAUCUCAUAUAUGGAUGGCUUAAGCACGAUGGCGUCAAUUUUGGUAUUCAAAGAAUAAUUGAAAAAAACUUUACAUUCAAUACUUCAUUUGUGAAAAAGCCCGGUGGAUUUCAUGGAGGAGACUGGACAGCAAGGAUCACUGCAGACUCAAAGAGAGAAGAGGAACCAGUGAUUGUGUCUUUUCUAAUGUAUGUUGCCUUAGAUGGCCAAGGAGAGUUGACCGCACAUCUCGACUCAACAAAGCUUGAGUAUAUACAAGGGGAAACAAAUGAGCUUGACAAAUUUCGAAUUUCUUUCUCCAAAGUAAAAAGGUCUGAAAAUUUUAAAUACCAUUACCUUAGCACUCAAGCGCCCAGUCUUCAAAAUCUUAAGUCAAUAGUCACCAGGAAUCUAGUGAAAGAUUACAUGGAAAAUAAAAUCUUUGUUCUCAAAAAUCUACAGACUAAUGAUAAACCUAAUUUCGUAGUGCAUCAAGUGACAGCAGAAUUACCUUUUGAAAUUGAAAUAAUUUUUGAAUCUGGUAGCUUUCGAUUUUAUGACAAAGUUUUAAAAGACAAUGUUUACUCUGAAGAAUUGGAAAAGUAUGCAAAAGAAUUUGAUACCAGGUUUUCCAAGAUCUUCCAGCUUAAAUCAAAACGUUAUAAAACUGAUGAUAUAAACUUCGCAAAGGAAACUUUAAGUAACAUGCUUGGAGGAAUAAGUUAUUUUUAUGGAGAGUCGCUCGUUAAAUCGGUACAAAACUCUUCUCUAAUUGAAAGAAUAAGAUCGCAUUUUGAUCGAAAGUCAUUAGUUCAACCAUCGCACAAUAACACACCAGUUUUAUAUGGACCAGCACCUCUGUUUACCUCAAUAACGUCAAAAACUAUUCCUAGAGGGAUUUUAUGGAGUGUCGGGUUUGAUAAUCUUCUUAUACAUCUUUGGAAUCAGACAAUUACUAAAGAAAUAAUUUCUCAUUGGUUAAACUUGAUGAAUGUCGAGGGAUGGAUUCCACCAGUGCAGGCCUUGGGAAUUGAAGCUCAAGCUAGGAUUGGUGAGAUAAUACAGCAUAAUAACAUUGCAAAUCCUCCUACUAUAUUUUUGGUUAUUGAAAAAUUCUUGUCAGAUAGCAGUAAUUCAAUGACUCUUUUCUUGGAAAAAAUCUACCCGAGACUUGAAAAAUGGUUCAACUGGUUACAUGAAAGUCAAAAGUCUCGAAAACCUACCACGUACUACUGGAGAGGAAGAAAUAAAACUACCAAAAUAGAACUGAUUCCGCAAACCCCCGCUUCUGGACUGGAUGAUUAUCCAAGGCCAUCCCAUCCUUCUGAAGAUGAAAGACAUGUGGAUCUUCGAUGCUGGAUGGAACUUGUAUCAAGAGUGGUAGCAGAUGUUGGACAAAGGGUAGGUGAAAAUACGGACACAUACCGCAAAAUUUCCGAAAACCUACAUGACAACGAUUUGUUGAAAAAAUAUCAUUGGAAUGCAGAACAAGACUUCUUUAGUGAUUAUGGGUCUCAUACUAAUUCGCUCGAGCUGGACCAAAACAAUUUGGAAAGGAUUGUAUUUGUAGAUCCUAAACCUCAGUUUGUUGAAACUUUUGGAUAUGUUAGCUUGUAUCCAUUGAUGCUAAAAACCCUAGAACCAGGAUCUUCUCAUCUAAGAGAUAGUCUUCUUGACAUUACUAAAAAGGAAUUGUUGUGGACUGAAUUUGGUUUACGUUCACUGUCAAAACAUUCCCCUUUUUAUCAGACAAAAAAUACAAAAUUUGGCAUACCGCAUUGGCGAGGAUCUAUUUGGAUUCACAUGAACUAUCUUACUCUUAGUAGCCUUUAUCAUUAUGCAAAGAUUCCUGGGCAACACAGAAGUUUAGCACGAAGCAUUUAUAAAGAAUUACGAAUAAAUAUAGUAAAUAAUGUUAUCAGACAGCAAAGAAAAACAGGCUUUGUUUAUGAACAAUAUGAUGAUACAACUGGAGAAGGAAAGGGGACUUACCCAUGUAACGGUUGGUGUUCACCUGUUGUUAACAUAAUGGCAGAAAAUUAUUAAACAUUCUCAGUUCCAUUGUAAACAAUGUUGAAUCAACAGAAUAGCUAUUUUUCUUAUUUUUUUUUUAAGCAGUGGGAUAAACGUAAAUACUUGUAUACAACAGAUGAAAUGUAAAUUCUAUUCUUUUACAUAUAUAUAUUGUCUUCACUCUGAUUUCUAGAAUGUAGUAAAACUAGUUUUGCAACGAUAUACUAUGUGCAUUAC